AUGCAAGCGGGCGGCACCCCGCUACUGGCGCCUUCCACAUCCGAAGGGGUAGCUGUGCAUGUGAGCCGCCUUACCAUGGAGCCACCUGCGCCCACCGGUGAAGCAGGCCCCUGUGCUGCCUCAAAGGACCAAUCUGCAGGGGAGGCGGUGGACCCUAUCACGACUGCGCCCUCGAUCUCGAUCCCGAUCCCAACCCGAGAGUCGCCCCCCGUUGCCCUCGAACUCCAAAGGGCUGACAGCCCCCCACACGUGUCCAUAGCUUCCCUGCCGAAACAUUGUGAAGCGCCUUGCAACGCAGCGAGGGGGGGACGGCUGCUGCCAGGUCGUCGCAGGAUUUUGAGAGCUGCAGCGAAGCAGCUUGCUGCUGUUGAGCUGCUACGAGAGCAGCUGGAUGUGUCGGCUGUGGACAUCGACACCCACUGCAUGCCGCCUCCCACUGCAGGACACAGCUGCAGCCCUCCACAGCAGCAGCAGCAAGGUCAAACCUCGGAACCACUACCUCCCAGCUCCCAGGGCAGACACCUCGAACUUCUACGGCUACACGCGCUGCUGCAGGCCGCUGUUGGCGCAGAGCAAGACCUUGUAGUUGUGGGGCUCCAUCAAGUGGCGACCCAGCACAGACACGCUUGGGCUGCAUGUGUUGCAGCUGCAUUUGCUGCUGCUGAGGGCACAGCGGCGCGAGCGUUGGAACGGCACCUAUAUGGUGGAGAGUGUUCCUGUGUUUCUGGAGGGGGUGGUGCAGAAACAGCAGUAGCGGCAGCAGCGAGUCGGAGGAGUUCCGUAACACACUAUGAACAGAUUGUGCCGCUGGAUGCUUCUCCUCACCACAACCAGCUGCUUCUGGUGUACGUACACCCCAGCCACCUGCCUAAUAUAACUCUUUUGAGCAUAGCUAAGUCGCGCCUCGGCUCGUUUUGCUGCCGAACCCUCCAGCAUAACUACAGCCAACCCUGGGGGCUCAGCGCCGCGACACAGCGGAGGCUGCACCAGCUGCGAGAGCAGCGGAAGCAACAGCAGAAGGAACAACAGCAACAGCAGCAGCAGCGCAUGGACUUCUUCUUUAACUUCACCCACUUCCUAGGCCUAUCUGACGUAGCAGUUGGCACUCAGGCCGCACCAGCACCUCCAGUAGCAGCCGCAGCGGCAUCAGCAGCGGCAGCAGCAACGGGAGACCCAGACGCAGAGGAGACAAGAAGGCCUCACCUGUACCCAAUACAUCUCAGGGGUCUCUCGCGGCGCCAGUGGCGCCUGCAGGAACGCUUAGAACGCCAGCGGCAGCAGGACGGCAUCUGCUGCAGUCGGAGGUGUUCAGCUCUACCCGGUGGCUCCUCCAGCAUGCCCCCCAACAACAGCAGCAACACCAACAGCAGGAGUGGUUGUGGCUGUGAGUUGUUUCAGGAAGGGUUUGCAUACGGCGGAGUUGCAGCUCGAGUGCUCAUCGGUGCGACGCCCGUUGUCUUUGCCUGUGCGGAUGUCAAGUUGAAUGAGGAGGCCUUAGAGAUCUGCAACUCCGGCAGCUGCUGCACCCGCUGCCCGCAGCAGGCGCAUAACGAAGCCGGAGCCUAUAAAGAACGCACAGCUGCAGGAGGUAGCACCGGGAUGUCCUCUAAAGUGGGCGAAGCUGCUGCUCAGGAGCACAGGAGGGAGGUUGCCUGGCGGAAAAUUUUGACUAGAGCAGUACAGCGGCAGCAACUGCUCGCCAUCCUUGCUGAAGGGGGCCCGAAGGGAGACACAUGCGUGGCUGCUGCUGGUGCGGAUCGGCAGCGGCGGCUGCAGGAGCUGCAGCAACUCGACAUCAGCACGAAGGAGUCGCCAGGCUUUUUCUGCUGCCGUGUACCCCAAAGAGCAACAGGGCCGCAGCUGCUCAGUUUCCAGGAGGCAGGCAAAAUGGCGCAGUGGAGACGGCCAGCCUGGACCACGGAAUUCUUCAAGGGGGACUGUGUGGGAGCCCGUGAGGAGACCCCUGCUUGGCUCCUUGGGGGAGCCCCUUCGGGCGUACCUGGGGAGAUGCCUGGGGGGUCCUCUGAAGUUUGUGGAGGAGUUAUUGCCCGUUUUUGGGUGCGCUGGAUGUCUUGUCGGCUAGUGGUGGAGAGGGUGGACACGGAGCGGCAAGAAGGCCGCUGCCUCAGCAAACUUGUGAUCGACCCGCCACUGCUUCAACUGCCACCUGUCCGUCCUUUCGAACCUAUGGAACUCAAAAUCAGUUUGUCUAAUCCGCACGCGACGCUGCCUACUGCGUACUCCGUCUACUGCCUCUCAGACUCCGGCAAAUCCAUAGUCCCUCUAUCACAUGUUUCCUAUUGGCAUGGCGCCCUGUCCAGGAAGUGGCUGGGAGGACCACUGUGGGAGGCACAGUCUCUUCGGUCAAUGAGCAGCAGCGAGUCGGCUCUGCGACCUCCAAAGGAUCUGCAGCUGCCGCCGCAGCGACGGCAGCAGCAGUUGCUGCAGUGGGAGGCAGAGCGCCUCCAAGAGCAGACAGAAGAGAAGCGGCGGGCUUCGGGAACCCAGGUUGAUACCCCACGAGACACAAGCGGAGCUGAAUUAGCAGCAACAGCAGCUGCAGCAGAAAGUACUGAUGAAGUGCGGCAGCCGAUGCGUCUGGAGAGUGGGUUGGCUUUGUUUAAGAAAAUCCCUAUUCGGGCGCCCCGUUUAGAAGGUGCUGAAGUGAUGAAGGCACCUGAGGAACGCCUUAAAGAGAAAAGUAUAGUCCCCUCAGGGGACUCUUGUGGCUUUUCUUGCCGUUAUGAAGGACGCUGCGGAGAACCUCUUGGGUGGCUACUUGUGGAUUGGCCGCAGGGGUUUUUAAAGGGGGGAGAAACUCGCGUGCUUUCGAUGCUAUUGAAUAUUCAAGAAGGCAUUUACAGGGCACAGGAGUUAGCCUGUGGGGUGUUGGUUCUGCGUCUUGAAGACUCCCGCCAGGACUUCUUCUUCUGCCUCGCGGCAUCCCUCAUCCCGUCCUUGUUGGGAGCAGAGCUGCAGCCCCUGGCUCUCCUGGGGGACAGACCUUUGCUCCCGGAGACGCCGCCCAAGGCGGCAGCAGCAGCUCAAACGCCAGCACAACCAGCGGCAGCUGCUGAAGAACCUUCUGCUGCAGCUGCAGUAGCACCGUUGGCGCAAACGAACCAAACGGGAGCAAAAGGAGUGACGGAUGCUAAGCAGAGGGUACAAGGCAGCGAUAAGGCAUGUGGUGGAGCUGAGGUAAACUCCUCGUUGCUGCCGCUGCCCAAAGAACUCUGGUGGCUGCUCUCCCACCUGCACAGCAAGUCGCAAGCAGCAGCCACAUCAUUGGGGCCUCAGGUAAGACACACGAACAGGUAUAGGCGCAAACGGCGAGAAGAAGGCGGUGGGGAUGAGGGACAGUUUGCCGUGGGCCAGCACCAGGGGUUUGCGACAGGUAGCAGCACCAGCAACAGUAGCAGCAACAGCGAUAGCAGCAGUAGCAGCAGCGACACGAGUGACAGCAACAGCGAAUGCCAUGACGACCACUUUAGUGGGGGCCUUCCGUGCUCUAGCAAUUUUCGCGAGAAGCAGCAGCGGGGACUGUUGGGGUCUCUGAGUGGAGAAAGCCUCACGAGAGACGUUGUCAAGUUCCUUUCUGUUGCUGGAGGGGACAGCUUCACGUGGCCCUCCUUCCUUGCGGGCUCAGACACCUACAUGCAGCGCCAAACAUUAUGCUCAAAUCCCCCUACUGCUGCAGCUGUUGAUUCUGAUGACCGCCUUCCCUGCUGCCGCUACAGCAGCAACAACAGACGGAACAGUCGUAGGAGGAGGAUGAGAACUCCAACCGGUGAGAGGGAAGAGAGUGAGAGAAGUACCUUAAGUGAGACUUUCAAGCAUUGUCCUUCAUGCUGCCGGGGACCUCUGGAGCGGGAAGUGGCCUUCUUGAGGGCCUGCUUAGAGCGCGGCGUCGAAGUGCCCUCAGGGAUAUCGGUGGGAGCCGCGUUGGCGGUACGUCUGAAGCAUGUUCCGUUUUGUUUAUCUUUCCACGAUGAAAUAUACGGAGAAACACCAGCAGCAGCAGAAGAAGAACCACCAAGGAACGCCUUUAUAUCCGUUAUCUCAGCCCUCAAUGGGUUGCUGCAGGCAGCAAUGAGCUCUAAAGGACCUAACAGUUUUGCUGGGAGCACAGGUCCCAAGCCUGGGGGCCCCUAUCCAGGAGGCAGCUGUGGCACAGAAGGGGCGCCCAGUGGGGACAACCGGAGGUGCGUAGUAGCAGCAACUGCAGCAGCGGGUGCGGAGUCCUGGGACUGUACUUCAGCAAGGAAGGCGCGUGGAUAUGAGGCGAGCGAAGAAGAGGCGACCCGUGGGGCUGGUGAGAAGGGGACGAGCCCGCCUUCGGAGCCCAAUCGGUGCCCCCAUAAAGGGCCACUUCGGCGCAUUUUGUGUCUGGAAAGCGUCGGAGCUGCAGAGCUACUGCGGCAUGCGGUGCUGCUGUGGGCGGGAGUUUGGCUGCUGAAGAGCUGCAGGCCGGCUGUGCGGCAGGCGGUGUUGGGUCACUUCAUUACACGCGUAUAG